UCAAUUCCACUAUUUUUAAAUAUUAAUGAAGAUGCAAGACACUUUUUCUGUCUUAAAAAGACAAAGUACAGUUCAACGAGACGUUAUCUUCUAACAUUGCCAAGAUUUCCAAAAAAUAUUGAAGAAAUGAUUAUUGUUCGAUGUUGGUUAGAACAUUUAUUUAAUUGUGCUUUUGAGCUUGCUUAUUUUUCUACAAGUGUAUUUAACCCACAAAUGAUUAAUAUAUUAUUCGAUAACGACAAAACAAUUCCACUUCAAUUUAACACACAAACAACAGUUCUAGGUAAUUCUGAGCCUCCCACCCCCUUUCGUUUUUUCAUUCCCAAAGAUUUAACAUAA